AUGGCGUUCGCCUCCUCCUCCACUCUUCCAGCUGCCAUCUCCCUCGGCUUGGCCUUCAUUCCUAUCACCGAUAAACUCACCUACAAAAACUACCAAUCAUGGAAAGCCCAAGCUUUUUCAGCCAUCAAAGGUGCCCAAGCCGAGCGCUACAUCCAACCUUCCGCUACCCCUCCAUCCCAAACCAUCACCACCAAAAACGCCGACGGAAAAGAGGAAUCCAAGCCCAAUCCGGACUAUGCUGUCUGGGUGGCUCAAGAUCAACAAGUCCUGAGCUAUCUGCUCUCUGGUCUCUCUGCAGAGAUCCUUGGCCAAGUCAAUUCAGAAACCACAGCCGCGGGCGCAUGGGCUCCCAUCGAGUCCCGCUUCGCGGCACAGUCCCGGGCCCGUGUGAUCGCCACCAGGAUGGCCCUCACCACGGCGUCCAAAGGGACCUCCACAAUCGCCGAGUACUUCGGCAAGAUGAAAGCCCUCGCUGACGAAAUAGCAGCGGCGGGCAAGAAGCUUGAAGACGACGAGCUCGUGUCCUACAUCCUCACUGGAUUGGACGAGAGCUUCGACUCGGUCGUCUCCGGUGUCUCACUGCGCACCGAACCCAUCUCGGUGGGCGAGUUGUUCACACAACUCGUCAGCCAUGAGCAACGCAUCGACAUGCGCAGCGGUGGCAGUCACUCUUCUGCCAACAUCAUCGCUCAGAGCGGCCGUGACGGCGGUCAUCAACAUCAACAUCAACAAUCGACGCGCGGUCAUGGAGGUCGCCCUCGCGGGGGUGGUUUCCAUCGAGGUGGGCCUCCUGGACGUGGUGGUGCGCGCGCUCCAUGUACCACCUGCGGGCGCACUCAUGGCCCCAACUUCCGUCAUGGUGUGUUCUGCCAGGUCUGCAAGAAAGAAGGACACGAGGCCGACCGCUGCUUCAAACAGUUCGAUCAGAACUACACCGCAUCUCCACCACCAAGGUCUGCAUCAUCGGCCACAACUUCCUACGGUGUCGAUACAAACUGGUACUUCGACACUGGAGCAACUGAUCACAUUAGUGGAGAGCUCGACAAACUCACUGUUUGUGAUCGGUACAACGGCAGUGAUCAAGUCCAUGCGGCAAAUGGUUCAGGUAUGGAGAUAAGUCAUAUUGGUCAUGGCAUUUUGCAUUCCCCAUCUCGUAAUCUAAAUCUAAAGUAG